AUGGGAAGAGCUCUGACCUGGCCGUUGGCCCAUGCUUCGGCGGCGCCGCGAUCUUCUUUCGCUUCCAUCCUCCAGCCAUCAAUCAUCGAAAGACCGAGUCUGCAUCGGACUCUUCUCUUGCUCCGUAUUUCUGCUUCAACUGAGGUUGCGUGGGGCAACUUUCUCUCUUUAGAUUGUCAACAUACCGAUUUCUCAUCCCUACUCAGAAGCUCUGUCCGACCGCAAGCCAAUUCUAAUAAACUGCAUCCAUGGUCGACUUGGACUCGUUACAAUCAUUUCGUCACUCACAUAUUUGUGCUCGUACGGAGUACACAAAGAGUUCGACUUGGUCUGAAACCAGCCACACGAAUCGUCAAUGGCGAGCUAGGUAUUCAACCACCGCUGAUCCGGGACGCUACCGACCUAAACGCAGCUUGCGGCUUCCCAAAGCCUCGGCGUCCAAGACAAUUCAAACCCGUCUUUGCCGCCUUAGUCCGGAGUGCGGCGUGCCAGACACAUUACGGAUACACGUGCGCAUCAGGCGCGCCAUCUUUGGCAUUUUUCAAAGUUUCCCGCUCCGUUGCCAACGAAUAUCCGUUCCGAGUACUAUUCAAGAGCAAGACAUCAAGAACUGUUAGGCGGGAGCAGCGUCUCCCGAAUCCUCAACCGUUGCGUUCGCCAUUCGAGAAACAAGACCCCAUCGUACUCCACCACGGCGGGAAACCCAUUCCACUCGACGUCCAUCCCCAGCCACCUGAGAAGCUUGCCAACGAUGCCCAGCACCAAAUCCGCCAAUCCAAGCCUUUUCUCUCCCAAACGAGCCGGGAUAUCCCAUCCCCCUGCUGCCAAACGUUUUUAAGCUAA